CGCAUCUUUCAAAAUGGCGAAGUCAAAGAACCACACCAACCACAACCAAAACAAGAAGGCUCACCGAAAUGGUAUCAAGAAGCCAAAGACAAACAAGUACCCGAGCUUGAAGGGCGUUGACCCCAAGUUCGUCCGCAACCAGAGGUACGCAAAACACGGCAGUGAAAAGGCAGCUCGCCUUGCCAAGGCGGAAGCGUAAUCAACACGAUACAACCACGCAUCUGUACUUCUAGGGGCGACUAUGCAUACUGCUUGAUCAUGUCGAUUGCAUACUUUGCAACGCUGGGUAUAACGAGCAAAGGAGCACGGAAAGCUAAUGGUACAAGGCAUACUUGCAUACGGAAAGUUGCAACUGGGUGGGUCGACC